UUCUCUGAUCCCACCUGCUCGCCCAGCCUCUGUCAUUCUCUCUCUCGCAAAUCGCGUUUCUUUCAUUUCUCUGAUCCCACCUGCUCGCCCAGCCUCUGUCAUUCUCUCUCUCUCUCUCAAGUCUCAAUUCUAAUCGUCCCUGCCGCGGCAAUUUAAUCUUCUCUCUCACUUGUUACAGUUCCUGAUUUGCUUCUGCUACUGAUUCCGUUAUUCCAGCUCGUCCGUGAACUUGAAUUUUUAUGCUUGUCUUGGUUAAGAGCUAGCUCUUUUCUUCAAUUCGUUCAGCGAUUACUUCCGACUUUUUAUGGGUAGGUUGUGACUUCUUUGGAUAAGGCGAAAUGUCAGUGGAGAGGUCGUUCGAGGCAUGGGAGGAGGUCCAGCGGCACGGCCACGAUCUGGCCGAUCGCCUUGCGCAGGGUUUUUCUGGAUUGAUUCAGUCUCACAUGAGCCCUCCACCUUUCACGUGGCCUACUCCUCCGAAAUCGAAACUCUUUGAUCUGGAAUUCCCGACCCAGAAUUUUGGGAAGAGGGAUUUCGGAUUAGCGACGGAGAAUUAUGGAAUCGAUGGGGUUUCGGCGAUAUUUGAUAUCGGUAGCAGGAUUGGGCAAGCUGGAGCGGACUUUGGUGCGAGCUUGAAUGGGUUAGUUCAGCAAUUUUUCAGGUCGCUGCCAAUACCGUUUAAGCAGGAGGACACGGUGAUGGCUUCCACACGGAUGGAAGGAGAUAAAGGUAGGCUGACAGCUGAUGCCGGGAUUAAUAUGCAGGAAGAUUUGGGAUCUCUGAGUGAAAGGUUGAAAAAUUAUGGGUUUGCUGAAAAUGAUGCUGUUGCUGGUGGAUCGAUGGAUGAAGAAAUUGGCGGCUUCAACCUUAGUUCGGCUGGUCUUCUGGGGAAAAGACAGGGAGUCAUAAAUGUUUCAUCAACUUAUGAUAGUAGAACUCAAGAGGUAGAAGGUUCUUUAGUUGCAAGGGGAGAUUUAUGGAGAGUGGAGGCAUCUCAUGGCAGUUCUACAUCAGGAAAUGAAAAUUCGUCUCUUUUCCUUGUCCAGCUUGGACCUUUACUCCUUGUCCGUGAUUCAACUCUCCUUUUGCCUGUCCAUCUGUCCAAGCAACACUUGCUUUGGUAUGGCUAUGACAGAAAGAACGGAAUGCAUUCUCUUUGCCCAGCAGUGUGGUCAAAACACAGAAGGUGGCUGUUGAUGUCCAUGCUAUGCCUCAAUCCCUUGGCUUGUUCAUUUGUGGAUCUUCAAUUUCCUAACGGACAGUUGACCUAUGUAUCUGGGGAGGGUCUAAAUACUAGUGCUUUCCUUCCUAUUUGUGGGGGUCUUCUACAAGCUCACGGUCAAUAUCCAGGAGAAAUGAGAUUCAGCUUUUCAUGCAAGAAUAAGUGGGGAACAAGAAUUACACCAAUGGUUCAAUGGCCUGAUAAGUCAUUUUCCUUUGCUGUUGCUCAGGCCUUGGCCUGGCAGAGAUCUGGUCUCAUGGUGAGGCCAACUAUUCAAUUCAGUGUGUGUCCCACUUUUGGUGGAAGCAAUCCUGGGCUGCGGGCCGAACUCAUUCAUUCCAUCAAGGAGAAGCUGAAUUUAAUAUUUGGAUGUGCCUUCAUGACGUAUCCUUCUGCCUUUGCAUCAAUAUCCAUUGGAAGAUCGAAGUGGAAUGGAAAUGUAGGAAGCUCGGGUCUGGUUCUGAGAGUUGAUGCUCCUCUAUCCAAUGUUGGGCGACCAUCUUUCUCUGUUCAGAUAAAUAGCGGAAUUGAAUUUUAGAGGGCUUCCAGUGUUGGGCACCAACUUUUCCAUGAACUAAGAGAAGUGUAUAUAGAUUUAGUUAACAGGUACUUGCAAGUGCAAGGUUUUUUGGUUGGGAGCUGCUCAUAGCAACGAUACCGUCUUCAUGUGAAUAGAAAAAUCUUGACCUGAAAUUGUUAUCAACUUCAAAAUCGCGUCUUGGGGUGCGUGGUGUGUGCUUACUAAUGAAAGGUUCCCUCUUUGUUGAGCAGCGACUUGAGUUCCGUGAAUUGUUUGUUAUUCGUUGUUGUUGUUUGCUCUUCUAUAGCUUUGUAAUCCAAGGUUUGCGUAUGGAAACAUCUUACUUUGGAAGAA